GUUAUCCUAUUCAGUUUUGAUUGUUAUCACUCACAAUCAAACAACAGUUAAACCAGAAGAGUAGAAACCGUGUCCUGAAGGGGCCUUCUUUCAGCAAUAGUUUCAAAAAAAGAUUCGAGUUCGUGUUUCUUUUUAAAAGGAUGUCUUAUUCUAACCACUCUUGUUCCGUGUCCGUGUUCGUGUCCUUAAAAGAGAUAAGAUAGCUUUAGUGGAUCAAAAGAAGACUUCCCUGCCAUUUUGUAUAGGUAUAUCACACCAUUCCUAACAGCCAUAUACAGAAGGAUCUAGAUAACACAAAACCCACCUGUUUCUAUUACUAUGGGAAGAAGAAGGGAGCUAAGCUUGAUGUUCUUGCUGUUUUGUUCUACCAUACCAGCCAUUUCAUCUGCUCGCCAACAACAAAUCCUCCCAACAGAGCCAAAUUACCACCAGAAAACUAAUGCAGAAAAACAUGGCCAGGAUGGUGUCACUAACCGGAUUAGCAGCAUAUACAGUGCAAGGGCAAUCACCGUUUCUCAAGGGAUUGGUCAUGGAAGUGCCGCCGGUGGCGGAGAAAAUGGUGGUGGCGGUAGACCUCAAGCAGGAGGCGGAGGUGCGGCCGUAAUCCCUGUUUAUGCCGCUGGUUCGGCACAAGCACAUCAUCGCCAAGGUCGACCGCGCAAUGCAGGAAAUCACUAUGAAAACAACAUGGGGCUUCUGGUAGCUUCAGUUUUGGCCGCCAUUGCUCAUCUCCAUUUAGUUUUCUGAUAUCAAGGCUGCUUCCGUACAAGAACAUUGUUAAUCUGUUGAUUGAGGUGUGUGCUUCAUCUUUCUUGUUGGAUCUUUCUUUCCUGUUAAGGUCAAGAAAAGUGCAUAAUAAUUGGCUUGCAAAUGAUUGUAUAUACAGAGUCAGAACCUCAUAAACUCUUUUUUUGUUUGGUAGCUGUUGUCUUGUACAGAGACAGUAGCCUCUUAAUUGCGUCAAUUACAUGAUUUUCUGACUGGAAAUGCAACCAAAAUUCU